UGAGAUUAAAUUACAAAAACCUUAGUAAAAGAUUCCUCCUUGAAACUACGACAACGGAAGAAUUUUGAUAAAUAUAAGUUUAAUAAUGGAUAAAAAGUGAGAAAAAAAAGGGAAAAUUCUGAUUUUGUGGUGAUGGUUAAACAAUGAUUUCACCCACUUAGAGAGAGGGAAAUGUCCAAAGGUGAAAGGGUGGGAUUAAAAAAAGAAAAAUGGGGGACUGGGCAAUUGGGUUGGUGAGAUAGGGACAGGCCAAUGCCCAAUAUGGGUGUCCAUAAACUUUGAAUAACACAAACCAUUUCCCCGAAACCAAGAUCUAAUAGUCUCCUGCUCUCAUUCUGCUUCUUCUUCCUCAUCUUUUUACUUACUUUGCUUUACCUUUCACCAAACUAUCACCAACAACCCACAAAAAUGGCGUAUGAAGGAAUUCUCUUGGGGAUGGGUAAUCCUCUCCUUGACAUUUCCUCUGUCGUGGACGAGGAUUUCUUGAAAAAAUACGAUAUCAAGAUGAACAAUGCAAUUUUAGCUGAGGAGAAACACCUACCCAUGUAUAAAGAAAUGGCUGCCAAACCCAAUGUAGAGUAUAUUGCUGGAGGUGCUACUCAGAAUUCAAUCAAAGUUGCACAGUGGAUGCUACAAAUUCCUGGUGCAACGGCUUACAUCGGUUGUAUUGGGAAGGACCAGUUUGGGGAGGAAAUGAAGAAGAACUCAAAAGCUGCUGGUGUUAAUGUUCAUUAUCUUGAGGAUGAAUCUGCACCAACAGGGACUUGUGCUGUUUGUGUUGUAGGUGGUGAAAGGUCGCUCAUUGCAAAUCUGUCAGCUGCUAAUUGCUACAAGUCUGAGCAUUUGAUGAGGCCAGAGAAUUGGGCAUUGGUGGAGCAGGCCAAGUAUUUUUAUAUUGCUGGAUUUUUUCUUACUGUAUCUCCAGACUCAAUACAGCUUGUUGCUGAACAUGCAGCUGCAAAUAACAAGGUAUUCUCAAUGAAUCUUUCUGCUCCAUUUAUUUGUGAGUUCUUCAAGGAUGCACAGGAGAAAGUUUUACCGUAUAUGGACUUUGUCUUUGGCAAUGAGACCGAAGCAAGAACCUUCUCAAAGGUUCAUGGCUGGAAGACUGAUGAUGUUGCAGAGAUAGCCUUGAAGAUUUCGCAGUGGCCGAAGGCAUCUGGAACAUUCAAGAGGAUUACCGUUAUUACUCAGGGUGCAGAUCCGGUGGUUGUUGCCGAGGAUGGGAAAGUAAAGCAGUUCCCUGUAAUAUUGUUACCCAAGGAAAAGCUUGUUGAUACAAAUGGUGCAGGUGACGCAUUCGUCGGGGGCUUUCUUUCACAAUUGGUUCAGGGGAAGCCUAUUGAUGUUUGCGUAAAAGCUGGCUGCUAUGCAUCCAACGUUAUUAUCCAAAGGUCUGGCUGCACGUAUCCAGAAAAGCCCGAGUUUAACUAAGCUAUUCCACUUCAUUGGUCUCUUCUAUCCUAUGGCGUUGUUUUAAAAUUUUGAUUGUUGAGAACCCUGGUGCUAUUUUUGAACUCUGUAUUUUGCUUUUUAUUUGCUUGUCAUUUCCGUGGCCGCAUCCACAAAUAGCCUGAGAAAAUCGUUAUAUGAGAAUGACAUUCUAUCCUUCUGCAUGAAAUUAAAGGAAAAGAAAAUGCGAAAAAGGCAAAACUCAACUAUGUUGUCCUUUUCAGCUAUCUGUUUCAUGUCAUAACAUAAGCUCAUGUUUGAGAGCUGGAGUUUUGGUCAAUCUUGUCUGUUAUCUCUACAUUCUUUGCAUUUGAGAUCUGGUCACAAGGCUUGUUAUAUUCUACAAGGAAAGGUGCUGGUUGAAGACUGACUGUAUCAUUAACCAAUGAGUCCAUGGGAGGUUAGAAAACUGAGCGAUACGGCAGACAUUGACUAGAAUUCUUUCGUUCAAUCCCCAAGGACUGAAUGUUGCCAGAAGCAAUUUUAAUUGAAACAACCAUUUCUCCAUAAUGAGUUUUAAUGGAAGGGGACAUGGUUAGGUUGUAGUUGUUGAAAAUAAGUAAAUGUAGUAAUGUUAAUUGACCAAAUUCGUUUCUUCGAUGGUUAAAGUGUAAUUAAUGACAAAAAAA